UCUCUCUCUCUCUCUCACCUCUCUUUCUCUUUCUCGGCUUCGCUGGCUUAGAGGAGGUAAAAGGAAUUGGAGAAAAUUUUGACUGGUGCUCGUAAAAUCUAGGGUUUUAAUUUUACCUCCCCGUUCUCCGUCGUGAACUCCGAUCCGAUUCUGUGAAUUUGAUUUCAUCUGGCGUAAAAGCUGUAAGUUAAAUGGCAUAUUAGGUUUACAAUGAUGGAAGUGGGAUUCUCUUUUAUUCACUGGCUGAUCAAUUCUGGGGCUGAUAGUCCCUUUAUAUUCGGAUGGCUUGUAACUGGAUCACUUGGAGUUCUCGCUCUUGUGUACGCGUUUCUUAAAUGGCAGAACAAAACUUCUCUUAAUUGGGUUAAAGCUGCUGCUAGAGAGAAGAAGAAGGUAUGGAAACGAUUGAGAGUUCCACUCUCUCAUCAUCAAUGGACCGAUGAUUACGGUUACGGCCCUCAGCCAUCCACCUGCUGCGUCUGUCUCUACUCUCUUGUCCCAGGCCAGAAUGUUUCUAAUAAAGCAGCUCUGAGUAUCCCUGUCCACAGGUGUUCUGUAUGUGGCGUAGCAGCUCACUUUUACUGCUCAGGCUCUGCGGCGAAAGAUUGUAAAUGUGUUGCGCAGGCUGGAUCUGACCAUGUAAGGCAUCACUGGUCUGAGCGGUGGGUUAACAUGGAUGAUAAUGCCGACAUGUCUGCUUUUUGCUUCUACUGUGAUGAACCCUGUGGUGUUCCUUUCAUUGAGGCUUCUCCGAUGUGGCACUGUCUUUGGUGCCAGCGCCUCAUACAUGUCAAGUGUCACAUGAUUAUGUCCAAGGAAUCCGGUGACGCUUGUGAUCUUGGCUCUCUCAGAAGGGUGAUUCUCUCUCCAGUGCAUGUAAAAGUCAGCGGAGAAAGUGGCGUUAACAGAGUACUGAGUACUAUUAAAAACGAGUUAGCUUCGAUACGAGGGCAGAUGAGAAGAAAGCGAAAUAGGGGUAAAAAUGGGAAUGCCCAAUCUAAUGGUGGUAAGCUAUUGGAGGAUUCAGGCAGCAAUCCUGCGAAAAGCCUAGUUAAUGGGCUUGUAGUUAAGAAACUACGCAGAGACAGGAGCAUAGAUUGCUUAAAGAAGGUCUCGGACAUGCCAAAUGGUAUUGGGGCACCUAAACGAAGUAAAAAUGCUGUUAUUAAUUGUAUGAAGAAGUAUAGCUUGGUUGAUUUGCCCCCGGAUGCAAGACCGCUUUUGGUCUUUAUUAAUGCUAAGAGUGGAGGCCAGCUCGGUCCUUUCCUACAUAGGAGACUCAAUAUGCUGUUAAAUCCAGUACAGGUCUUUGAACUUGGAUCUUGUCAAGGGCCAGAUGCUGGUCUAGACCUAUGUAGCAAAGUGAAGUACUUUAGAGUUUUGGUGUGCGGGGGAGAUGGAACAGUUGCUUGGGUGCUUGAUGCCAUUGAGAAGCGGAAUUUCGAAUCUCCUCCACCUGUCGCUAUUCUUCCGUUAGGAACAGGAAAUGAUCUAUCUAGAGUUUUGCAGUGGGGAAGAGGUAUUUCGGUAGUUGAUGGACAAGGAAGUCUAAGAACGUUUUUGCAAGACAUUGAUCAUGCUGCAGUCACAAUGUUGGAUCGCUGGAGUGUAAAGAUUGUAGAAGAGAGUACAAAAAUAUUUCCGGCAAGAGAAAGCCACAAGUUUAUGAUGAAUUACUUAGGUAUUGGCUGCGAUGCCAAGGUUGCAUAUGAAUUUCACAUGAUGCGGCAAGAAAAUCCAGAGAAGUUUUGUAGUCAGUUUGUAAAUAAAUUACGAUAUGCUAAAGAAGGUGCUAGGGAUAUCAUGGAUCGAGCAUGUGCCGAUUUACCAUGGCAAGUCUGGCUUGAGGUUGAUGGAAAAGACAUUGAUAUUCCCAAGGAUUCAGAGGGUCUAAUAGUACUUAACAUUGGAAGUUAUAUGGGCGGAGUAGAUCUUUGGCAAAAUGAUUAUGAACAUGACGAUGAUGAUAAUUUUAGCAUUCAGUCUAUGCACGACAAGACUCUCGAGGUUGUAUGUGUCCGUGGAGCGUGGCACCUGGGGAAGCUACAGGUUGGUCUUUCUCAGGCUAGGAGGCUAGCACAGGGGAAGGUAAUAAAAAUACAUGUUUCUAGUCCUUUCCCUGUUCAAAUAGAUGGAGAACCGUUUAUUCAGCAACCUGGAUGCUUGGAAAUAACUCACCACGGGCAGGUGUUUAUGUUAAGAAGAGCAUCAGAUGAACCUAGAGGCCAUGCAGCGGCCAUAAUGAACGAGGUCUUACUCGAUGCAGAAUGCAAAGGAGUCAUAAACGCAUGUCAAAAGAAAGAACUUCUUCAACAAAUGGCUCUCCAUCUCUCUUAGAAGAAGAGAAAUACAAAUAUCAUCUCAACAAGUUUUGCUAACAAGAAUAGUAACUUACAAUCUUGUCUUACCCAACUAGAAAGCCCGGGUACGAGAUUUUUGCUUUGUACCCUGAUUUUUUGUGUAUUUUUUAUUUUUCCCUUUUUGUGUGUGUUGUGAAGAGUGUCAUAUGUAUAGUGUGUCCAUACGAAAGCCCCCGAGAUUGGCUUCGCAAAGUGUCAACUAGAAAAACUUUGGUCAUAUACAUACAUACAGUGGUUAAUUUUUAGGGUAUGAUACAAAGGCCAUGAAGAAAGGCUUAAUUUACCUACCCCACAUCAAUCGUCUUUUC